AAAUACAGUUUGCGGCAUAUGCCAAAAGGGAUGGCGGGUCGAAGUUCUUUCCGGUAAGAAACUGAAAGUAAAUUCGACAACUCUUUACUGUGGCUUCUAGUGAGUCUGCUCGACAGCAAGAGAAAUGAACUGUGAAGAGGAAAAGCCACUGAAACAAGUCAGAGAUGAGUCGAAACCAGAGGAGGGGUUCUCAGGAGGAAACCGGGAAACAUCCCAAGUACUUCCUGCUCCAGACCAGCUGAAUGUUGAUUCCGUGGAGACCACAUCAGCUGCUGUUAGCUGGAGCCAGCCACCAGGAUUGAACCAAACCAAACAUCAUUACCAGAUCUCCUACCGCUGUCCAGGGACAGAACGACACAUCACUACCACGUCUUCACACAGCAUCACUCUCUCUGGCCUGAAACCUGGUACUGAAUACUCAGUCACUGUCUGCACUGUGCUGGAAAAUGGAAAGCAAAGUCAACUGGUGUUAACAACAUUCACCACAGUACCCUCUGCUCCAGACCAGCUGACUGUUGACUCAGUGGACACCACAUCAGCUGCUGUUAGCUGGAGCCAGCCACCAGGAAUGGACCAAACCCAACAUCAUUACCAGAUCUCCUUCCACUGUCCAGGGACAGAACCACACAUCAAUACCACAUCUUCACACAGCAUCACUCUCUCUGACCUGCAAUGUGGUACUCAGUACUCUGUCACUGUCUGCACUGUGCUGAAGAAUGGAAAGAAAAGUAAACUGGUGUCAACAACCCUCACCACAGUACUUCCUGCUCCAGACCAGCUGACUGUUGACUCAGUGGACACCACAUCAGCUGCUGUUAGCUGGAGCCAGCCACCAGGAUUGGACCAAACCCAACAUCAUUACCAGAUCUCCUACCACUGUCCAGGGACAGAACCACACAUCACUACCACCUCUUCACACAGCAUCACUCUCUCUGACCUGCAAGGUGGUACUCAGUACUCUGUCACUGUCUGUACUGUGCUGGAAAAUGGAAAGAAAAGUAAACUGGUGUCAACAACCCUCACCACAAUUUAUUUCUGGAGUUAAACUAUAGCCCUGUCACUGUCACUGUCUGCACUGUGCUGGAAAAUGGAAAGAAAAGUCAACUGGUGUCAACAACCCUCACCACAGGUAAGGAAGUACCCUACUAAAGUAUUGUUUGGUGUCAAAGUAUAUUACAUUUUAACUAGUUAUCAAAUGACUGAAGUAAUCAUAAUGGAUGUGUCAGCAUGGGAUGUAAAGGUACAUUAUCUUUGACUACUAUUCUACUUUUCCUCCCGUUAAAGAGGGUAGAAAUCCUCGUCAUUUGAUGAUUUUCAAUUUGAGGGUAAUUAUUUCUAUAUAGUCUAAACUUUCUCACUCUGAACUUCUAACUCCAGUGGGAUGGGUGUGACUUCUUGACAAUGAUCACAAUGGCUCCAACGUACAGCGCCCCUGGAGCAAUUAGGAUGAAGUGCCUUGUUCAAGGGCACAACAUAUUUUUCACCUUGUCCGCUCCGGUACUCAAACCUGCAACCUUUCGGUUUCUGGCCCAGCACUGUAACCUCAAGGCUACCUGCCUCUACCUUACCCCUAC